AUGUUGAUGGAGGCUCAAGAUUCGACGGCUAAUGCAUGCGAAAGCUCGUCAUCCUCGGGAAGUGGCAGCGAUGAUUGUGGUGAUUUCGAAUGCAAUAUUUGCUUCGAGUUAGCAGCUGACCCUAUAAUCACGGUCUGUGGUCAUCUAUAUUGUUGGCCGUGUCUCUAUAAAUGGCUACGACUUCACUCCCGGUCACAAGGAUGCCCGGUUUGUAAGGCCCUAAUACAAGAGGAAAAGUUGAUUCCUCUGUACGGUCGAGGCAAGAUUCCAACGGACCCGAGAUCAAAACUUGUUCCUGGCGUCGAAAUCCCUAGUCGACCAGCAGGGCAGAGACCGGGAACGGCUCCGUCCCUUGAAGCAAGUAACAUCUCUAAUUUGGUUUCUGGAUUUAUACCAGCGUUCUCUCAAAAUUUCGGCAUCGUCCAGGUUCACGGAUUUUCGAAUGCUGGUGAAUAUGGUGCAACCCGAGGAUAUCAUCAUCGAUUUUCUCGUCCCUUUCGUGGUCCUGAAGGCGAAAACCUUGACAGGGAGAGCAAUAACGUUCAACAGGCAAAUGGCAUUCUGAAGAGGAUUCAUUUUUUUGUUUUUGUUCUUGCACUCUUUGCUUUAUUGCUAUUGUAA